AUGCUUCAAAUCGGAGAAAACGAAGUCGACGGUGAAAUUAUCUCUUCCGGUGAAUCGGAGCUUCAGAAUUACCGGAUCGAUUCGAUCGAAUCAACGGUUAUGAUCCGGCAAUUACCGUCGUUAGGCAUCUCCUUUAAGCUCUGGCUUCCUGCAACAACUCUCGUUACGCUUCUCGAUAACUACCGUCGUGACCCAAGCACCAGCCCACUCACUCGCACCUUAUCGAAAUUCAAAUCCGACGGUCCAGACUCUUCUUCUUCACCGAUUAACAUCGUCGAGCUCGGAUCUGGAACCGGAAUCGUCGGAAUCGCGGCGGCUGCGACGCUUGGUGCCAAUGUCACGGUGACGGAUCUCCCAAACGUGAUCGAGAAUCUCAGAUUCAACGCAGACGCGAACGCUGAAGCCGCGGCUAGAUCUGGUGGGAAACGUCUGACGUGGUUUACCACGAGCAUCUUUAUGAACCACUCCUGA